CGCCAAUCACAGACAGAAACUGGAGCUUUGGACUAAAGAAAGGUAUCGAUUCGCGGAAAUGCCACUGAAACUCCGCCCUCGUCGAAAUCGCGAGCUGCAACUGCGAGUUUGGUUCGGUCGCCACGACGCCCCGCGCUGUUUUAAAGUUCCCGACAUUGCGGACUUCGAGACGCACUUGCUGCGUUCUUUUCUCUUCUGUUCUGUUUUGAUCCGAUCCGAUCCGAUCCGACUCGAUUUCUGAGAAAUGUCACUGCUUCGAGCAUUUACUCGCAAUUGACGGGCGCUCGCUCUUCCGCUAGCUCGCGACGUAGAGAACGAGAACGAGAAAGAAAGAAGGAAAGAAAGAAGACGGCUGAAGUGCAGAUCGAUCGAUCGAUCUCAUAGUUCAAAAUUCUGCCAACUCCUGCAAAUUGGCUGGCAGUCUGACUGCACACUUCAGCGUCGUCGCUGAUUUAGAGAUACAACCAACUAUUAAAACUUUUGUUGGACACAUUAGUUGAGGAAUUCCAUUGCUCUGCGGACCAGCUGAAGGUCGGAGUUCCAAAUGGAACAACAGGGCAACAACCAGGAAGAGUCCAAUGGGACGAACGCGUUGGGAAGAGUGAAAGACAAUAUUAAGGAUAAGGUGCAAAGAGUUAGGUCAAAGUUGCAUCCGAACCACGAAGCUGAUGAGAGCAACUCAGAACCGCAUGAAAGUUCCCACUCAAACGUUGAUCGUUCCAAUAUCGAAGACUUCCCGUAUGAUGGUACCUGCGAUGAUGAAUUCUCUAUUGAGUUGGCCUCGAUAGCUGACGAACAAAGGGACGAAAUUGGAAGCCCCAUGUCCCAAGACUCAGGCCGACACUCAUUCAACUCCACAGUAUCAGGAGUCAGCUGGACGUCAACUCAGAAGACGAUAGCAGGUUUGGGUAUGGAUGAAGUGGGCUCCCAGGAAGUCCUAGGCCCUUACAAGCGUGUCGGAUCUGUCCAAGCUUUGGAGGCCGUCCCUACUGAGUACAGAGAUUAUAACAACAAUAGGAACAGAGAUGAUGCUCAUUCUGCCGGAAAUAUAUCCUAUGCAAGAUCUCCAUCACAAUCCUCGACCCAGAGCAUCUCUUCUUCUUUGUACAACGACCUUUCGAGCAUUUCUGAUCGAGAUUUACAGGUCCCAGAAGGUAUCAUCAAAGCUGAUGGUUUCGAUUGUGAGUUUGACAAAGAAAUUAGUCCGUCACCGAGCCAAUCAUAUGGAAUGGAGCAGGAUAUUUCGAAAAUGAGGCUGAAUGGCUCAACUUAGUAAGCCGACUACUGAAGCGGAUUAGGCCGAUUCCAGAAUCUUAUAUCUUGGAGGGAUUUGACAACUUUGACUCAACGGCGACAAUAACGGGAGGAAAUAGGACCAUGAAUACCUUACAUUACAGGAACUUUCCUGAUAAAGCUGUAGUACCUACUGCGACCAGGCUUAUCGGUGGAAGCCUUGAGUGAGCAGACUUUGGUGUGGAGCAAAGAGAUGGACGUGACGGCUGAAGCUGGUACAUAGCGGCUCGUGAAACCUUUAGGGUAGUUCACAUUUUAGAGUCCUUCUCUGUCAAUGAGCUACUGUUUCCAUAAGUGGAACUCUUAGGUUGGACCUUUUAAGAAUCGGAAAAUUAUGCUCUGAUCUACUCCAUUUGGCCAACGUGUUGAAACUCACGUCAACGAUGGCGCGCAGGUUUUUCCUGCACUUCUUGCACCUGCUCAUUAUUGACUUCCUGAGUUAUUUUUGAUUCCUACUUUGAGAUCCCGAACAGUCUGCCUGGUGAAAACCUGAUUUUUCGCACUCAGGAAGAGUCCAGGUCUAGUCUUUCACACAUCAUGUCUGGAAGAUACUACCUCGUCAUCUCCAUGCUGCGGGCUGGUGAGCAGGUACUAGUCUUGGUGGGGGGAUGAAGGACCCUUUCCAUAUUCAGUUUAUGUCAUGUCUUUUCAUCCGGUCUGAACUUUCCCUCAGCUGGGUGCGUAGUUCGAAGCCAAUUUCACCACUGUGGAAGUGCGUGUUUCUGUUGCUCAAAUGUAGAACUUGAAAAUGUUCUUAAAAUUACUUCAAUAAUUUAUUUCUAGUUUGAGCCAGAGACACUGAACUCUUUCUUUACUAUGAUUAGUAAAUGUAUUUUACAGAUUGUAUUAGGAUGAAGUUAGAAGAUGAUGAGCAAAUUCAUCUCCUUCUACGUUGCACUGUUAAGAUUGGCAUGCUUCAAAUUACGGGAGUUUGCACAGGGGCUGGUUACACAUUGCCGCCUGCACGCAUAAAGGUUGAGUACACAUUGGUUGUACACACAUGGGGUUCAUCACCGAGUCACUUGUAAGUGACCUUUCGCUGGAGAAGAAGUGCAAGAACGAUUCCCAUGUGACUGCUCCCAAU